AUGGUGGGCCCCUCGGGUGUUCACCAAUCAUAUCGCACCAUCCAGCUUUGGUGGCCCCCACUCUAUCUCCAAUCAGCCUCAUUUCACAUCUUUUGUUACCUUUUGAGUGAAACCAGUCUCAUCAACCUGACCCACCAACGGCUGUGAUUGAAUCGUGUCAUGAUCUGGUGGGGAUGGCCCACCGGAUAACAGUGAAGACCAAUGGAGGUUUGAGCUUUGCUUCAAAUGGACGGUCAGGAUUGAUGGGGUCAAACCUAUCAUGGCCCCCACUGUAUAACAGACCAUUCCCCUCUUGCUUCCGGAGAUGCUGAUAUAUAUUGAUUCAGUUGAGCUCCCUUUUUCUUUUCAAUUCCUCCCUCUCUUCUCAUGGAACGGAAUAGUCGCUAUAGAAUUAUCUCUGCAAUCUUGAAUCUGAAUUUUUGGAAUGAGAUUUUCUGAUAACAUCUCCGAAAAUUGAAGAACGUGGGAAUUCUUUUUGGGUGAUUUUGUGUUUACUGGAACAGUUUAUGAUUCCAAUGAUCUAAAAAUAAGGUUUGGAAUCUUGGGUUAAUCAUCAGAUUGAAUAAGGUGGGAUUUUCCCUUCUGAUUUAUUUAUUUUUCUACUUCUCCCCUUUUGAGAGGUAUUGAAAAGUUUUUAGGGGGGUUUGACUUCCAUAUGGAGAAAGGGGUUUUCAGAUGGUUGAUUUUUGAGGUGGGGGGUUUUUGAUUUCAUGAGUAAAUUUCUGAAUCAAUGAUUUAAAUUUUUGUUUUCUGGUCCUGAUUUCUGUCAGGAAAUGCUUAAUUAGUUUUAAUUUAAUCAGAAAGGGUAAAUAGGAAAAAUGCUUGAUACCCAGGUUAGUUUUUGGGGGAGAUGAAUUGGGGUUCGAUGUUCCUAAUGGAGUAAUUUCUUGGGUGUUUUCUUCCUUUUGAAUGCUUGAAUGGAAUUAUAUCUUCAUGUGAUUUUUAGAGUAAUUUCUUGCUGUACUUUUUCCUAGUUGAAUUUAGUUGGAGUGCCUAAUGGAUGUUUUGCAUGCUAUGUCUCAGAUUUAAUUGGCAUUUAAUUUAGUACCUGAGAAAAGGAUUUGAAAAUGGAUCUCAAAGAUAGGCUUUCUGUAGAUACCUGGACACAAUCAUCUUCAUCCGGGAAUGAAUUACCGAAAGAUCAACAAUCAUUCACCAAUUUUAGUUUGCAGCAGCAGCAGCAUCAGCAUAAGUGGGAAGAUCCUUCUGUGCUAGAUUACAGUGUUAGGAUUGAACCAGCUUUCCAGGAAUUCAACCAGACUUCUGCAACCUCAUCAUCUCUUCCUUGCAACCCUAAUAGUCAAAUCAAAAACUUGAACCGAGAAGAUUGUCAGAUGAAUGAGAUGCUAGAACCCAAUAGAAUCCAAGACUGGGAUCCAAGAGUGAUGCUUAGCAAUCUCUCUUUCCUGGAACAGAAGAUACAUCAACUCCAGGAUUUAGUCCAUCUGAUUGUUGGUCGGAGAAGCCAAGUUUUGGGUCGAACAAAUGAACUUGUAGCUCAGCAGCAGCAGCUUGUCACUGCUGAUCUCACUUCUAUUAUUGUUCAAUUGAUCACGACUGCUGGUACUCUUCUCCCAUCUGUGAAGAAUACCCUUUCGACGGCUAGUCCUUCUGUUGGACAGCUUGGGCAGCUUGGUGGAGUACUGUUUCCUUCAGGAACAGGCAUGAAUGGGGGUGGUGUGGCACAAAGUAGUGGUGGAAGCAAGGUUUCUGAUCAGUCUAACCAGAUUGAUCUAACUGGUGCUUGUGUAAUUGAACAAAACAAUGCUACUGAAGAACAUGAACUGAAAGAUGAAGAUGAUGCUGAUGAAGGGGAGAACCUUCCUCCUGGCUCCUAUGAGAUCUUACAGCUAGAAAAGGAAGAAAUCCUUGCACCUCACACCCACUUCUGCAUGAUAUGUGGUAAGGGAUUCAAGAGGGAUGCGAAUUUGAGGAUGCACAUGAGAGGUCAUGGUGAUGAAUACAAAACUCCAGCAGCUCUUGCAAAACCCAACAAGGAAUCCAGCUCUGAGCCAGUGCUUAUUAAGAGGUAUUCCUGCCCUUUUGCUGGUUGCAAGCGCAACAAGGAUCAUAAAAAGUUUCAACCUCUGAAAACCAUUUUAUGUGUGAAAAACCAUUACAAGAGGACUCAUUGCGACAAAAGCUACACUUGCAGCAGGUGCAACACCAAGAAGUUCUCAGUUAUUGCUGAUCUUAAAACUCAUGAGAAGCAUUGUGGCAAGGAUAAGUGGCUUUGUUCCUGUGGAACCACUUUCUCAAGAAAAGACAAGCUUUUUGGGCAUAUUGCUCUCUUCCAAGGCCACACUCCUGCUAUUCCCCUUGAUGAAACUAAAGGAUCUGUUGGGCCAUCUGACCGUGGGGAAGGCAAUGGAGCAGCAAAUAAGGUUGGAAGUGUGGGGUUCAACUUCAGUUCAAAUGCUUCAAGUGGAAGUGGAGUUCAAGAUAUGAUGAUGGAUGUAAAAAGGGGUGCUGACGAGCCUACUGGUUUUUUCUCACCAUUGACCUUUGAUCCUUGUAGUCUCGUUGGGUUUCACGAGUUCCCUCGACCCCCAUUUGAAGACUCAGAAAGUUCAUUCUCUUUUCUUGUCCCAGGGUCUUGUAGCUAUACAAGAAAGACUGGAGGCGAGUCUAGUUCUAAUGAUCUUGAGUAGCAGUCAGAUUGUUAUUUCAAUUUUCAUUAGGGGUCCUGGGGUUUAUUGAAAUCACAUUUCAAUGGUUAGGUGACCCAUGUACUAGUUAUUUCUUGAUUUUCAAUAAAUAUUUUUCUUUAAUCA